CAGUGCGCUCAUGAAAGCUGAGCUGAGCGUGAGAGUACGUCGUAAACCGGUUUCCCCGAGCGCGUUUCAAAGUGCGCUUUUACGGCAAUGAUUUCAAAAUUUCAAAUGUAAACAAACAUUUUCGAAAAUAAACGCUCAGUUGUUGUGCGGCGAUCGCAGCGAGUAGUUUGUUGUUGAAUGCAAAAGCUCAGCGUUGAAGUCGGACUUUAAUCAAGUGGAAAGAAGAAGCUGCUUAAAACCCGACAGCUGUCAAUAAUUAAACGGAAUAAACUUGUGUAAUUCAACGGCUGUUACAAUUACAAAGUGGGCGUUUUUCAAGUGAUAACGGUUACAGAUCUGGUUUUUAUUCAAGAACCAACCAUCCACAAAUUGGCGUCCUAUGGGACUUUCGAAAGUGCAAAGCAAUUAAUGCUUACAAAUUAAGUGCGAUAUUGUGCAAUAUAAGGGCUUUCCAUGCUAUUUUAAUUACAAAAAAACACACACACACAUCGUAGUAAACAAAGCGAGUUAUAUUACAACUAUAGCGGUGAUUAAAAUCAUUUCUGGAAAUAAUAAUAAUAAAUAUUAUUAACUAAUACGAGUGUAUAAUUGUCUGCUCUGUGUUGUUGAUGAUGAUGUUCGCAAUCGGGGGGCGUUCAUUUGUUUUGUUGCUACUGGCAAUCUUAUCAGUGCUUCAUGCCGAAACCAGCGCCGAGAUGUUUGACGAUGGAAAGUUGCGUGUCUGCAUUGUCGAAUCGCGUGGCACAUAUCGCAAAACGCCGAAAUUCUGCCCACUCCUGGAAUCCACCAGUAAUAUUGAAUGUGUGAUUGGUGUAGAUCGGCUGGAUUGUAUACGGCGCAUACAUAAAGGUACCGCACAUUUCGGCGUACUCUCGGCCGAAGAGCUAAUAGCAGCGCGUUGGGCUAGCGUGGAAAUACUAGUUACAAGUGAGAUGCGCUCACAUGAAACGAAUUUCGAAUAUGAAAUAGUGGCGGUGGUCGACAAUGAAGCCAACAUACAUACAGUACAUGAUUUGCGUGGCGCAAAACUGUGUCAUCCCGGUUAUGGUAUGGGCAAUCAUUGGGCUGAGGUGUUAGCUAAUUACUUCGAAUCGACAUUGAUUUCGAAAUCCUGCAAUCCAGAGAUCUCACUGACAGAAGAUCGCAUUAGCGCUUCGGCUAAGUAUUUUGGACCCAGCUGCAAGGCUGGACCUUGGGUGCCGGAUCCGAAACAGGAUCGUUUACUGAAAGAUCGUUACCCGUCGCUAUGUCAGCUUUGUUACGAUUCAUAUCGCUGCGAUGUUGGCGACAAGCAUUGGGGACGUCGCGGCGCACUGUAUUGUCUCACAAAUGGUGUUGGCAAUGUUGCUUGGGCGCGACUAGAUGAUGUGCGCAGUCACUUUGGCUUAACCGGUCUGCCAGCGCAGGCUAAUCCAAGCGAGUACAGCUACCUGUGCGCCGAUGGACAUCUGCAGCCCAUCACGACAGAGCGUCCGUGCGUUUGGGUUGCAAAACCCUGGCCUGUCAUAGCGGCGCGCCGUAGUCACGCUGCGCAGAUACAAAAUCUAGUCGCCGGCUUGAACCACAAUGAACCGAACAGCUGGCAGAAUGCCUUACUAAACCUAUUGGAGAAUUAUCACGUGGAGAUCGUGACUUUGGAUAAUGUCAUACCCAUCGAUGACUAUCUCGAUCAGGCACCAGCUUUUCAGAGCGCAUAUAGCUUCCCCGAAUGUAAUCCGCCGCGCUCGAUAGUUUACUGCACUACAUCCAUAAUUCAACAUAUUAAGUGCUCAUGGCUGCAGGAAGCCUCACAAGUGUAUGGCGUCGAACCGAAUAUCCAGUGUAUACGCUCCGAAAGCUUAGAUUCUUGUAUGGAUGAUAUAAAAUAUAAGGCAGCCGAUGUGGUAUUGGUCGAUCACGAGAAUCGUAUACGUGCACAACGUGACUACAAUCUUGUGCCGAUACUUUACGAAUUCUCACAGGAUAUGCACGACCGUUAUGCCGUCAUAGCUGUGGUGCAUAAGGAUUCGAAAUUCAAAUCAUUUGCCGAUCUUGAAGACGCCAAAGCCUGUUUACCCUCAUACGAAGGACCCACACAUCUGUCGGUGCAGGAAACUAUUGUAAAUGUGACACAACGCAUGACCACACUACAAUCGUAUUUCCAUCGUGACUCGUGCACUUGGCAUCCGAAUGCACAUCGCACCUGUCCGGAUACGUAUCGUGGCGAUGAGGGCGCUUUACGUUGUCUAGCCGAAGGGGGUGAAGUGGCUUUCCUCAGCUCGGAUAUAUACAAAAACUAUACAGUGGGAAAUAUAACAGCGAAAUGGGUGCGUGACAGCGGUCACAAGUCCUUCCGCGUUUUAUGUCCCUACGGUACGAAUGAACGUCACUCGAAAUUCGAGUAUUGUUACAUGCACUGGACUACACGUGGUCAUCUGAUGACACAUAACAACUCGUUGACGCGCAGCAAUGAAAUCUAUAAUUCUUUGCGUGACAUCGAUCAGCUCUUCGGCAAAAGCUAUCGCCCCGAAACGCGUCCAUUCACCAUGUAUGGCAUUUUCGAUAAACGUAAUAAUGUCAUGUUUCACGAUAAGACGGAUGGACUUCGUGGUUUAGUCGACUUGAAGGCGGAUAAUUCAAAACGCAUUAUGGAGGAUAUAUUCGAGAAAUAUGUGCAAAACGUUUAUGUCGAUCCGAACGCGAGUCAGACGUUACAGAGCUCGUUAACUCUGCUAGUAAUAACGACACUAUUAGUUGUAAGAAGAAUAUGGCUCUGAAUUGUCGGAGUUUAUAUAGGCACUUAUAUAGUUUUAAACAUUUCAUUCACACUUAGUCAUUAAUUUAAUAUUCUAACGAUAUUUGUGAGACGCGUUUUAAGUGUACUAUUUAAAAUGUAUGCAAUUUUGUGAUAUUAUUUUAUACUCUACGUUUGUAUUUUUUAUAAACCAAAAGCCAUCUAAGUAUGUUUUAACCGCUUGCAGGUGUCUGUUUAUGCCAAUAAAUUUUCUAUAAAAAUCGUUUAA